AAUUUCAGUGAAAAUUAUACAAUAAAUGAACAGAUAAUGUAAUGCUUAAUUAACUCUGAAUGGUUUUAUAUUGAUGUGAGGAAUUCCCUCUAGGGAGACAUCCUAAUAAUAAGAAAUAAGGAAGUAAAGUAUGAUAAAAUCGUACGCCCGCAAACCAGUGAUAGGAUUUUGGACUUACUGAUAGGAAUAACGUAAAUAUUAUAAAAAUAUAUUUUAAAUAGUUUAUAACGUUAGCCAAAAGUCGGAAGACAAAUGUCAGAAAGGCAAUAGAACUCAUUAUCCGACGGAGAUACGAUGAAUUUUGAAAACACAAUGUCUCGUCCCGAUUAUGAGCAAACAAUUUUACAUCACAGCUAUUUACUAGUUUUAUUGCGAGGUGUUGGUCCUUCCAAACCGCGCACAUUGCAGAAAGCUUUCGAUAAAGUACGAGGGAUAAAUAAUGUCAAAAUUACAGAUUCCAAUGGCUUGAUUCGUGAUAUCUGGGUGCGUUAUAUUCACGAUCAUCCUGUAGAAAAUAAUGAUUGGGGUGACUUUCAAACGCAUAGACGUCUUUUAGGUCUGGUAACAAUUGGAAAAUUUGAAACUCAAAUCGAGUUGAAUGAACUAUGUCGUCAGCAUGAGUCUUUGAAAGUGCGUUAUGGUGGCACUCUCUAUGAAUCUCGGGCUAUAUUUUUCGGCCCUCCUAUACCAGAAGAGCCCGCGAUUGCUUCUUCAUCAACAACAAUGGAAAAUCACAAUGAUCUGGAAACAAUUAAAGAAAAUCCCUGCCCAGAGAUUGAAAUUUCAUUGCCUAAACGUCUGCAAGACGAAUAUACAACACCAUCUAAUUUCAAAGCUCAGGCAUUCUUUUAUAGGGAGAAUGAUUUAUACGAAGACUUGGAAACACAUAUAGUUGAUUUCGUUAAUGGACUCUUUUGGAUAUUGGAAUCUCGACGCUUAGAGAGAUCACGUGAAAAGCCAGAGAAGUGCAAUUUACUCACAGCACCAUUUGAGAAGCGGGAAGUUGUUGGCUUGGAUCGAGAUUCACGUAAUAGCAAGAAGCGCAUAACUGGGAGAACAUUGAAAAAUUUGGCUGAUUUAUCCCUACAGGCAGGACUAAUAGAAGAUGCUCUCAGUCUUUAUCAUAACGCCUGUGAAACUUUAAAAUCGAUUAUUGACUUUUUAUGGGAGGGAGCGGCCGAAGAAGGACUCUGUGCGGCAUCAGCUUUGCUGUUGUAUCCCCAUCUCAGGACAGAGGAGACCUUGCACCGUAAUGCCUCUCUUCAAGUUGGAUCGCCUUUAAAAAAUACCCCAGAAAAAUGGAGAUCCAGUGACUUGACAAAACGAGUUAGUACAUCUGAUAAACACAAUCAUGAACACAGCGACAUAAUGUCCCCACCACCGCAUUCUGCAUCUACGUCAUCGGUAUCGUCAAUUUUAACAAAUUCUACUUUGUCUCAAACAUCUAGUAGUUCGUCUUCAACUUCCACGUCCACAAUUUCGGCAGCUCAUCCCCGAGGACAAUAUAGUGAAUUACCAGGCAAUAUAUUAAAAGCUGAAGAAAUACCCAUUUAUUUCCACAAAGCUAUUAUUAACUAUAGCAAAUACGGUUAUGCGGCAGUGGUGGAGAUUGAAGCGUCAUUUAAAGCAGCCCGUAUUUCAAUAGAGCAAAAUCGGCCGCUGGAUGUAGCAAUGGUUUUACAAAAUGUUUUGUAUAUAAACCAUAGUUUAACUGAAAAGGAACUUAUUAGAAUGUUUGAAAUGAUGACUGCGCUCUACCAACAAGUCGGUUAUAUGCGUAAAGCGGCCUUUUUUCAGCGUUUGGCUGCAUUAAAGCACGUUCAUCAAAGUGCAAACCAGUCCGAUUUCACGCAUACCUACCGUCUUUUGUUGUCCAGUUUUCCCGGUUACAUGUUGUCACUGGAUCCGAUGGAAGUUCUUGAAAAUAACUCUGGUUGGCCAUCAAUACAAAUCGACCUUCUGCAAAGUUUAAUAACAGCGGCACGCAAUUUAGGUCAAUCAACUCUGGCCACGAGGCAUAUGACUUUUUUGUUGCAAACACAAUGGCAUAAUAUGAAACCAAAGGAACAAAGUGAAAUGGCUGUGCAAUUAAAGAAUUUGAGUGCGCAGUGUGAAGGAUCGCCGGUGCCUUUAUUCUUGGAAAAUGGCACCGUUAUACCACCGGCCAAUCUAACAGAUAUACCAUAUUGCUUGGAUUUCUGUGUGAAAGAUUUGCCUGCACAUCUGCGACCUCAACGUUUAAAAAUCGAUAAAGCUGAAAGUGGACCAUUUCUAUUUACACCAUUGCAAUUCAAUUCGAUUGAUCGGCGUGAUAAGAAUAAGGACAAGAAUAAGAUUGCCUUUUGUUGGGUACAAAAUAAUGUAAGCGAAGUCGCUGUUCGUCUACAAAAUCCGUUGCCUUUCGAAGUUAUUGUAAACGAUAUGCGUUUAUUAACUAACGGCACCGUUUUCAAAUCCCUGUCGCAAACUAUAACUUUACAGCCCCAUCUACCUACUAAUGUAACGUUACAUGGUACACCUUUAGAAGUGGGCCAGUUGGAUAUUCAGGGCUAUAGCACCCAUACGUUGGGUGUAAAAUCAAAUUGUCGUCUGAAACAUAUGAAGGAUAGAAAAUUUCCUCUCAAUUAUUUGGUCAACGUAAUACCAGCACUACCAUGCAUUUCCGUCAAGACAUCAUUACCACAGACGGCUACAUUUAGUAAUCUGGCUAACAAGGACCUUGUGAUAACAUCAGCUAGUCUGACUCUUUAUAAUGGAGAGUCUUCUUCCUGCGUGAUAACUGUAACAAAUGAGAGUUUAGUGCCUAUAGAACAUUUAGAAUUGAACGUAACGUCAAAUGUCGCACAAGAAAUGCAACAAAAAAUCUUUGUAAUCAAUGAAGAUGACAUCCAGUCAAAGUUACCCAUUGCUGCUCAGUGUAGCAUAGACUUUAAAGUAAUUAUAUUUGCUGAAGCCGAUUUUAUAUGUCCCGGCAUUAUCAAUCAACAAGCCACCACCUCAAUGCAUUCCGCCAGCACUCUAAACAAUCCGUCAUCCUCUUAUGAUAGCUCGGCAACUUUGACAAUAGCAUCAGGUCAUGUCAGUCUACCGUUGAGAGGAGGAUCACCUAAUAGUUUUCAACAAAUCCAGAUGCAAAGUAAACGUAAUGAUACCGGCUACAGUAGUUUUCGUUCGAUUCCUUCAAGUGCCCAUCAAUCAGCGGCUGCAUUAAAUUUAUCUCCUCUGGCUGUUGGAUUAGCUGCGGUAAAUUCAUCUAAACCUGUCGAAGCACAAUUACGUUUAAAGUAUUCAGGUGGUGAAGCAUUGCCGGAGGGCUACUGUCGUCAGUGUGCAAUAUCAUUUAAUUUGGAAUUUUUAUCGAGUGCUCAAAUAACCAGUUGGGAUGUUUUGCCGGCAGAAAUUCCUUCACAAUUCUAUUUAGUUUUGGAUAUAACGAACUUAACUGCUCAAGAGAUGUCGCUCAACUAUACUAAUCAUAAGAACAUUUUAAUCGAAGCCAAAGAAAGUUGUCGCGUUCCCAUUCCUGUCGAUCGCUGCUCCCUGGAACAAGUAUACGCUGUUCGAGAAGCCGAAAUCGCUGAGAAUUUAGAGAAAGAACUUUGUUUUCGAUCUCAAACGGUUUCAUUCAACGAUUCGGUCAGCCGACUUUGUUCUAAACAUAUAGCGGAAAGAGUGAAAAUAAAUUGGCUUCUUACUGGCACCAAUAUUCGUGGUGUAGCAUCGCUGAAAGGCAUCAUCUUGACGCAAGCUAUGAUUGAUUUAUGUACGGUGUCCCCUUUGCAGUGGAGUAUCUUAUUCAAGAAUCAACCAAUGCAACCGCAAUCAGAGAUUAUUUGCGUGGCAGGACAAAGCUCAAUACUCAGCAUAGAUGUGCGCAAUCAAUCGUUACAUCCUCUUAGAAACUUGACGCUGACAAUAAAAUUCUAUCAGGAUUAUUUAAAUGGCAUUGAAAACUACAGUUUGGAAACACGAGUCGCCGUUUCGGGUCCAAAUAGAGUUCAUAUACCAAUUCUACAAAAGGAUCAGAAAGCUCAUCAUGAAUGUUCAGUUUUGUUUUUUACACCAGGUCGCUUUAAGGCCAGCAUACAAUGCCAUGCAAAACCACAGCCAAUUUGCAAUCAAUCUUUAUCACGUUCAUGUCCCGUGCCGCAACAAAUGAGUUCCGAUCUACAAGCCACGCUCAAUAACGUUAAUAUCGCGACACAAAGUUAUCAUGAGCAACAAGAACAUAUUUGGAAAUUUAUUCCACCCAUUGAAGUCACAGUUGUGGAUCAUCAAUAAAAAAAAAAAAAAAAAA